CGUUUAGCUACACAUUAUAGUGCUGGGGUUUCUUAGCUCAGAAAUGAAUUGUAUUAAAGAAACUUUAUUCAUAUUUUCACUCUUCAAUAUCUUUUAUAUUCAACAUGUAUUUGGGGGAAAAGAAAUUGUGGACAAAGGAACAUGUGCAGAUCUUUUUGAACGUUCUGUUGUGGAAAGUAUUGGAAACACCCCACAUUGGAAUCAUAAUCCCAGCGAGAAGACCUGCUCGAUAUGUCAGGCAGACAACCAACUGAGAUCUUGGCUCUUGACAAGACCAUUUGAAACAAAAGAUUACGAAUCAAUACAUGCAGGUGUUCAGAUGUCCAAAACGAAUUGUGAAAAAUGCAAAAAUCAGAGAGUAAAAGCUUAUAUUUUAUACAACUCACCGCGAACUCCCACUCCCAGUCCGACCGAAAUGUUAGGAAAUCUUACGUUGGUGGCAAUUCUCGCGAACAAAGAAGAAGCGGAUUAUGAGUUCCAUAAUUUUUCGUUUGAGCCUGAGAAAUCAAAGUUUUCCCUGGUGCUCCUGUCUGAAGGUAGUUGUACGAGGAUUAAAAUGAUCGAGAUAUCCGCUUUCGUAUGUGAAAAAAACACUAUCAAAGGCGUUAAUCUGACCCGCACCAUUUCUCCUGCCACGGGAUUUAAAAGAAAGAAUGCAACAUGUAUCAUGAAAAACGCACUGAAUCUAGAAAAUGCUGAGCCAUAUGGUUUGUGUUCAAGCAAUGGAACGUGGGAUGUUCAAUCUCCGUGCAAAUGUAAAAGAGGAUUUACCAUCGGUACCGUUGGAUAUUGCGUAGAAUGUGGACGCAAUACAUACAAGUCUUCAAUUGGAAAUGAGAAGUGCACUCCUUGUCCAAACAAUUCUGCAAGUGAGAAAGGACAAACUCAGUGUCAGUGCAAUGAUGGCUCCUAUCGUUUACAAGGGGAAAAUUAUGAGCAUCCAUGUUAUGGAAUUCCUUCAGAAGUCACGAGCAUCAAAUUUGUUGGCAGAACUGAGACCACAAUUACGUUGCAAUGGCAACAGCCUCAGAAGCAGUACCAAGGUGCCGUGUAUGAAAUAGAGUGCAAUAAAUGUCCAUUAAGCAGUGAUAGUGCACCAUGUGAAGAGCAGUGCGGAAGAUCAGUGACGUUCAUACCAUCACAAACUGAUCUCAAGUACACGAAUGUGACAAUACGAGGUCUGGAACAAAAUACGGAAUACCAGUUUGUGAUUUAUUCCAAGAAUAAAUACAGUGACCGCAUCAAUAAGACUAACUGGAAAAAUAGUGUGAAGAAAAUUAAAACUGAAGCGCCCUCAUCCAAAUCGGAUGGACUUGAUUCGACGACGAAGAUUGCUGUUGCUAUUGUUGUCAUAAUACUGACGAUUGUUAUUUUCAUUCUAAUAUUCUGUUUGUUCAAACGACGGAGAGUCAUGCGAUACAGAGCCAGUUUACGUGGUCGCAGCAGUGGUGUUCCUCUGGUGCCUGGUGAGAAGAACUACAUAGAUCCUACGACAUACGACAAUCCUGAGAGAGCCGUGUCCGAGUUUGCGAAGGAACUAGACCGAAAUGCGAUCACUUUUGAGACUAUCAUUGGUGGAGGGGAGUUUGGUGAUGUUUACAAAGGUGAACUAAAGCUUCCCGGACAGCCAGCUACCAAAGUUGCGAUUAAGAAACUAAAGGCCGGAGCCUCCCACAAAAAUCGAACGGACUUUUUAAUAGAGGCUUCCGUGAUGGGACAGUUCAAAAAUUUGAAUGUGAUAAGUCUGGAAGGUGUUGUGACUAAAACCCCACCGUUACUAAUCGUGAUAGAAUAUAUGGAGAAUGGAUCAUUAGACGGAUAUUUAAAGGAAAACGAUGGAAAGCUGAAACCAUUGCAACUAUUAAGAAUGGCCCGUGGAGUUGCAAAUGGCAUGGAGUAUCUCGCCGGAAUGCAUUUUGUACACAGAGAUUUAGCCGCCAGAAAUGUCUUGGUGAACGCAAACCUCGCUUGUAAGGUUGCCGAUUUUGGUCUUUCGAGAGAUAUUGGCAAAAACGAGGACUCUGAGUACGAGACACAGGGAGGAAAAAUUCCUGUACGAUGGACAGCGCCCGAGGCGAUUACAUUCCGUAAAUUUUCAACUGCAAGUGACAUUUGGAGUUACGGUAUCUUACUUUGGGAAAUAAUGUCCUUUGCUGAAAGACCAUAUUGGAGUUGGGGAAACGAAGAGGUUAUGGAAAGAGUUAGUCAGGGAUACAGACUACCUGCGCCAAUGCACUGUCCUAAAACUGUACAUCAAUUGAUGACGGAGUGUUGGAAAACUGACCGUACAAAACGACCUGCUUUUAAAGAAAUUGUCAGAAUCAUUGACGAAUGGAUACAAAAUCCUGAAAAGCUUAACGAAGAUUAUAUUAAAGUGCGAAGGAACGAACCAUUGGACUAUUCGACGUUUACUUCGGUCAAAGAUUGGUUAGAAGCGAUUAAGAUGGGAAUGUACGCAAGUAAUUUUUCCAAAGCAGGUUAUGAAGAACUCUCAGAUGUCGCACAGCUGACUGAAGAUGAACUACUGAAGAAGGUUGGAGUUCGAUUGAUAGGCCAUCGACAUAAAAUUUAUCAAAGGAUUAAGGAAAUGAGUGAAGAGAUGAAAUUGAAGCGAGAGCAAUCUAUGAGAAUAUGAUAUGUGGUGUAGGUCUCGGGGAAAGGUAGUACAUGGGGAUAUUUCGAAGAAGGGAAGGUUGUGUUUAGUAAAGGAAGAAUCGCCAUCACAUCGCAUCAUUUCAUCGCUGCAGAAAGCUGCGUGUAUAUUUUGACGCUAUGGUUCUCCAAAAUCCGCCGAUAGUAAACUGUGGUUAGAUGAAAGAUUAGAUUAGAUGAAAUUCCUCUCAAGUUAUGUACCUGCAUGCAAAGCAGGAAAUAUGAUAGUGCCUAAUAGUGGAUCCAUUUAAAUAACAUAGGUCGCAUAAAUAAUGUAUUUAUACGGUACGUGAUGAUAUAAUGUUCUCUUCCAUGUAUUUUAAAAGCAUAUAUUCUUACAAAAAGCAGUUAAAAUCUGUACCAAGGAUAAAAAGCAUGGCUAUCAAGAAAAUCAAAUCGUCAAACACAAUCGAAUACAACAAUAGAAGAAGCCGAAUAAGCAACCGUCCUGGGCUGUGAUCCAGUCACGUCUGUUGAUAAAUAUCGAGAUAAUUUUUUAUUAAUGUACAUAUUUUGAACGUCUAAAAACGCCGUGCAAUACAUCUUGGAUUGAUUUCGUGAUUCUUAUCGGCUGUUUAUAUCAGUUAUAUGCUUGGCUUGAAAAAUAGGCGAAAUCUUGGCCCGGAACAAAAGGAGACUUUCCUUUUAGCCAUUUUAAGAACAUCAGCUGAUAAGAAGGAGAAGAUAAAGAAGAUGUAUUGGAUAUCUUUUAAAACUUCUAAAUAUCACGAACGUGUUUAAUGCACGAACACUACAUAUCAAUAAUGCCGGCAUAUUAUAUUAACAAUGAAAUUAAUUUAGGUUUAAUUUUUCAACGGAAUAUUAGGUAUCAAUAUCAUAACUUGAAAAUAGGAGAAAUAUUUCUAUGAAGGUAAAAAUAUUCUUGCGAUACGGAUAUAUAUUUAUAGAAUUCGAUGUUAAGAGACGUUUUCUAACUAGUAACUAAUGUCUCGUGUGAGAAAUGUGAAUAUUAAAAGAAUU